CUCUUCGAAAGAAAAAAGAGAAAUCAGCCGGCAGAGAUCAGAGGCAGUUGCAAUUGACAUCUACUUCGGAUCAGCUGCACAGUCGUCGUCCUUUCGGAGCAGAAAAUUCCCAAAUACACAAACGAAUACUUAUUGUUAAUACGAAAAUACCCGCUUCCUAUCAGUAAUCACUGAUAUCCGUCAAUAAUGGGAAAUGAUCAAUCACGCACCUCUUCUGGCGAUGGCAAGCAGGUCGAUGAGAAGCCGCCUGAUUAUUACGAACUGCUGCAAGUAGAUGAGGAAGCAGGGUAUGAUGAAAUUAAGCGGUCAUAUCGAAAAUUGGCGCUGAUAAACCACCCUGACAAGAAUCCUCACAGAAUAGAAGAGGCAACGAAACUGUUCGCGGACUUGCAGCACGCUUAUGAGGUUCUGAGUGAUCCCCAAGAAAGAGCAUUCUAUGAUUCCCAUCGAAAUGCCCCAGUUGCAGCCACAGAUGACGAUAUCUUUGAACAUGUCAGGACAGGGGAUAAAGCGACAAAUGAUCCCAAAUCAAAGCUGAAUAGGAGACGCCAAGGGGAUCCAGGAGUUACCAUAGCCCAGCUCAUGCGCUUUUUUGAUCCUAAAAUUGCCAGUAAAAUGGAUGAUACCUCAGAAGGCUUCUACUCAAUAUAUAGGACUCUCUUUGCCCUUCUCGCCUCUGAUGAGGCUCUACACACCACUUCCACCACUCCUCUUUCAUACCCAUCUUUCGGUAAUUCCUCAACUGCUUAUGCCCCUCCUCCUGGUUUGACCCGCGCGCAAAAAGAUUCCCAGGUGUGGGCUCGAGAUUUCUACGCCGUUUGGGGGGAAUUUGUGACAGAAAAGAAAUUUGAGUGGUUAAACAAAUGGGAUGCUGAAAGAGGAGACGACAGGAUGGUCCGACGAGCUAUGGAGAAGGAGAAUAAGAAGGCAAGGGAGGAGACAAGAAAGGAAUAUAAUGAGACAGUCCGACAACUGGUUGUUUUUAUUCAACAUAGAGAUCCAAGAUACAAGGCCCAUCAAACCAAGCUUGCUCAGGAGCGUGCCGCCAGCAAGUCCGCUAAGACGUCAGGGGCAUCUACUCCAGCUGGCAAACCCGUUGUUGAUGCUGAGGCCGCUAAGCGGCGUCAUGAAGAACGUUUACGUGCAGCGGCACAGUACGAAGAACAAGAUUGGCAAAAGUUUUCUUCACGUAACUCUGACGAUGAAGAGAUGGAAGAAGAAGAACCUGAAGAAGAACUCGGAGAUGGCACCGGUGUCAGGCUGGACGAUGGACAGGGAGGGGAGAUAUUUGAAUGUGUGGCAUGUGGGAAAACGUUCGCAAGCGAAGCGAGCUGGAUAAAUCACGAGAGAAGUAAGAAACAUAAACAGGCGGUCUGGAGAUUGAAAAAGGAGAUGAGAGCGGAGGCCAAGGCAAUGGGGCUUACCGAGCCGCAAUCGGAAGAGGAACCGGGUGAUGAGCGAGCCGAAGAUGCAGAUGCCGGUGAAGGCGAAAUAGGCGGGGAGACCAAGGGGGUUGGAAUGACAGAAGAAGAGCAGCUCGCGGAAUUACAAGCACUUGAGGCAGAAAUGGUAGAUUUGGCUUUGGAAGAAAGCGAGGAUGUUGAUUAUGGCAACAAAAAGUCCAAGAAAAAAGGGAAAAAAAAUCGCCGAGAUGGCGUAAUCGACGAAGUUGAUACAGCUACUGGACUCUCUCCUUCUCGCAACGAAUCACAACCUGACGCUUCCAAUACUCCAAGCGCCGCAGUAUCAGACGACGGAGUUGCUCGUGAGUCUGACAAGACCUCGGAAUUAUCAAAACGCGACAAGCGACGUGCUCGUGAAGCUCGUAAGAAGAUAGAGGAAGAAGAGCGUAAAGCGGCGUUUAAGGAGGCUAGAAAGGCUGCCAAAAAGGCAGGCGCAUCGGUUGAGACGUUUGCAUCACCUCAGCAAUCCGACAGGAAGGAUAAAGUGGAUGAUGAUGGAUUUGUGGCACCCAAACAAAAGGGUAAAAACAGUAUCAAGAGCGGCAAAGGCACGAAAGGCGGACGAGAGCAAGGAGAGAAUGAUUAUAGUGAUGAAAGAGUUGCAAAAGUGGUUGCAGGGAUUCAGGAAAAGAGAGAAAAGAUGGUGGAGAAAUGGGGUGAUACAUGGGCUGAUUUGGUCUCGAAAUUGAAGCAUCUCUUGUCUGGCGAUAGUCAUUUACCUCUUUCCAUCCUCUGCUUGGGCCUAGGGAAGCCCUUCUCUGAUAGGACAGCUCAAAUUCAACUGGCUCUUGCCCUUGAGCUGGCCGAUGCAUUAAAUUGCACUGUCCAUGAUCUCGAAAUGUACGACCCCGUUUGGGACGAAGGUGAUAAGAAAGUCUUGUCAUCAAUUGGUGUCACACUUCUUCAGGAUAACUUGCUGGGUAGGCACACGCUUGAAACAGGUCGCCCAUAUCUUCUCUACCUUCCCCAUGCCCCUAAGCAAUUAUACGAAUCUAUUCUGUCCACAAAUUACGCCCCGUCCCUCUGUGGCAAUAAGCCAGGAAGGAUCCUGCUCGGCAACGAUCUCGCAGAGUACCUUCCUGGCUUUGUCCGACCGUCACAAAAGAAAGAGCCCAGUGGCGAGGCUGACGGAGAUGGGGAGUUCGUCAAACCGAAGAAGAAGAGGAGGGGCCGGGGGGAAGUAAAACCUCAAAUAAAAGAUGGCGUGCUUUCUCGAGUUGUGCCACACAUGUCUGUUCUUCCUUUAUCUGAUGCGUUACCCGAGACAAAUCUUCCGGGUUUUGCUAGAGCAUUCUUGUCAUUCACUUUCCAGUGGCUAGAGGAGAAUAAAAUAGAGAAGAUAGAUUGGGAAACGAAGUUACCAGAGGAGGAAUGGGGGGACGACGGUGAGAUCAUUCAAUGACGCCGCGGUCGCUGGACGAGUCAUAAAUAAUUAAUUAAAUAAAGGGUAAACGGGGAAGACCGAUAACUUGCAUCAUCACUCAGUCAUCCUCCUUUUUUAAUACCCCGCCGCGACGCAGAAAAAUCGAGACUGGUGCAUGUUUUUUGGUACAGUAGAUGGAAAUAGGCGCUCUUGUAAUGCACUCGAACACUGUAGAUUAGUAGAGGUCAGACAUCUCUGGAAUCUGCUGUAGGAUAAGCCGGAUAGCGAAAAAUGAACAGAUAAGAAGAUGAGG